AUGCGUGUGCCAAAGUUGUCAUACUUGUCAACAUCAAAACGGAAUUGUCUGCAAGGAAAAGAAUUACAUUUCGCUGGGGGAAAGAUGAAUAACAAUCCUGUGAAGCAUGAAAUUGCUCUCAUCAAUGGAGUGGUGACGAGAAUAUCCAGUGCAAUGUCUACAGAAGAAAAUAUUUGCAUCGUUGUGAUCCCUGGUAACCCAGGUGGUAUUGGUUUUUACGAUAUUUUUAUCUCAACAAUAUUUCAAGCGGGAAAAGGAAAAUAUUCCGUUUACGGUGUUUCGCAUGCAGGUAGGAGUCAAACAACAAUUUACAAACAAUGCUACAACGAAAAUGAUGCUUGAAAGGCCUUGGGCAAAUCGAAUAAGCGAGAAUGUUUUGAUCGAUCUCAAUGGUUUUGUUUAUAAUAGUUUUUCUCAAAUUAUUCUAUAACCUUCGAAUCAUCAACCAAAAAUGAUAAAGCUGUUCCUCCUUGGCAAAAUCUUUUUAGAUUUCACUUCAAUCCACUUUCUGCGACGUCGUAGUCCACUUUGUAACCGUCGAUAUACACUUACAUGUGAGUCAAAUACGGCCAUCUGCUGUAAACUCAAAUCUGAGGGAAAAAUCUAUUUAAAAAUAAAAAGCCACAACAUGCGAACAGUUCCCGUCGCCACCUCCUAAAUGAAACUUUCCUUAUUUACUUCACAAAAAACUGAAAAAUUGAUAUACGUCUUUAAAAAUGUGUGAUAGAAACGUGAAAACUUUCUGAGAGCGCACGAUAUAUCGUUAAGAAGUUUAAUGGAUUUGUUUUAUAUUUUGCGUCAGAUGUCACUUGCAAUUACACGAAUUGAUUUUAACUGAUAUAAGUGCCAUGAAAACGACAACCUCAUCAAUGUUGUAUUAUAGGUGAAUAACAGAAUUAUCUUUACAGUUUUGUUUCUCGUUGUAUAUUUUGAGCCUGGAUAAUAUCUUGAACAUAAAGGCUGCUAUUGUGAGUGGAAGAUUCAAAUUUAGAACCAAUUUAUGAUUUAUUUCGUUAUUUCUUAAUUGGUGGAGGCGCAAAAACGAAUGAAAGAUUUAAGAUUUCUCAUUCGACGACAAUUUAUGUUCAUUUCAUCGUUGUAUGAUGACACUGAAAAUGGUGGGGAUGAUAUUCGACUUUUUUUAUCACCGCAAAAAACUGGAUGACGGUAUUAAGAAAUUAGUUCGGAAGAGUGUAAAUUUAAAGAUGGAAUUGUCCUUCGAAACAGACGGAAUUGCUUGAUAAUUCAUCAAAUGAUGUCAAACUAUACACAAAUUUCAUAUUAAUCACACUGUGAAAGCUUAGGUAUAUGCAUAUUCCGACAAAACAGGAAUUUCUUAUAUACACAUUGAACUGUCAUGUAAGUAUCUUCGUGUCGAUAUCCGUCGGUAGAACUCAUGGGUGAUCCAGGAAUUAUUAUUGUAAACACAGAACUCAACGACAAGAAUUCCUGCUACCAAUUAAUCAUUACCAUUACAAUUUUCGAAAAAACAAAUACAUCUAGAAAAAUGUCUCCUAUGGAGACAAUGUCUAAAGUUAAAAUAUUCCUCCAUUUUGGAAAUUCUCCAGUUUUUCCUGGGAUAAGUGGUUGUCGCUAUGGUUAUUUUGAUCAAUUCUGUUAUUGGUGAAUUUAGCUGAGUGGACUUAAUAUGAUCGGCUGCUUCAACUGCACGAUUAUAACUCUUUAAAAUAAUUAAUGAAAAAUAAAGCAGUCAGUGCACCAAUCACAUGUGAGGAAAUUGCAAUGUUAUGAUUGGUCCAGAACACUUGCGCCACUUUCGUAACCAAUCAGAUGCCAAGCUAAUACCGAUCACGACUUGAUUGCUAGCGUUUUCCCGCGCUUUAACACAAUCUCUUUGUUUUAACAUCGAGUUCUUUUUGGCUCUUUGGGGUUCUUUCCAUUCUUUUGAUUGGCCGUUGUACGUGAUUACUUUAGUUUUGGUUUUACGACACUGGUUCGAAAAGCGUUAAGAGUAAACACGAGUCCAUUGCGUAUACAUUUCUUUUCAGGCCAUGCGCCAGUGGAUGAACCGACUGGACCAUGCAGAUGGAAAAGCAAACAAUGGGAUCAGCCUGAUUUGCCAUCGUCUUUCUCACUCACAGACCAAAUCGAGCACAAGCUGGCCUUCUUGGCUUACUACAUCCCUGCACACUGCAGAGUCAUUCUGAUUGGCCAUUCGAUUGGGGCGUACAUUGCUCUGGAAAUGCUCAAGCGAUAUCACGACAAGGAUAAAAUCCUAAAAUGCGUCCUUCUAUUUCCAACAAUUGAGCAAGUGGAUUCUGCACCUAGUGGGAAAAUGUGGAAAUUUAUCUGCCACUAUCUACAUUGGCCUUUCCUUAUGGGAACAGUUUUGGUGUCUUUUUUACCCUCUUUUCUUCAAAGGUGGUCCAUUAACUGGUGGAUGUACUUGAACAAGGUUGAAAACAAAGAGUCUAUCAUGGAAGCGGCGCAAUCCAUGCUUAAUUAUCGUACAGUUGAUAACGUUUUGGAGAUUGGCCGCCAGCUCGUUACGAUACGUGAAUUAGACAAUGAUUGCAUACGCGCCAAUCUGGACAAACUAGUUUUUUUCUACGGGCUCGGCGAUCCCUGGGUUCCACAGAAUUAUUAUGAGGCUAUGAAAGAAAGGUUCCCGGAUGGUGACAUCAAACUGUCACGGGAUAAAGACAUCAGGCAUGCUUUCGUGUUGGAUACGUCGGAAAAAGUGGCCAAAAUGGUGUGGGAAUGGAUUGAAGAAUAUCUAAGAGAUCUGGAAGAAGCUGAGAGUAUUUGUUGA